GAGGUCCUUUUCUAUGUUCCUGUUUUCCGGCUCUCAGGAUUCCAGCUCCUCUUCUUCAUCUUCCAGCUCAUCCUCCUCCUCAGACAGUGAGGAGGAGGAGAAGAAAAAUAAGAAGAAGAAGAAGAAGAGGAAGAAGAAAAAGGAUUCCAGCUCCUCAUCUUCAUCCUCUGAUAGCUCUUCAUCCUCCUCAUCCUCGGACAGUGACAAGAAGAAGAAGAAGAAGAAGAAGAAGAAAAAAGAAGAAGAAGCAAAAGAAAAAGGAUUCUAGAUGUUCUUCUGACAGCGAGGCAGACAAAAAAAAGGGAGAAGAGGCAGACGGACAGGGCAAGGAUGAGUACAGCUGUGCUGCUGGCGUUUCAACAGCUGGUGAGGAGGGUGCUGGACUGGAGGGUACCCUGGGACAGAAAUUGGGCAAAGGGGAAAAAAAGAAAGACAAGAAGAAGAAGAAAGACAAGAGAACGGACAAGGGCUCUGCGUCUGAGAGUGAUGACGAUGACAAGUGCAAGAAAGACAAAGCAAAGGAGGGUGGUGCAUCAGCUGAAUGGAUUUGUGGCAGAGAUUUUCCUGGAGGAAUGGAAGCUGGAAACCUGAGUGAUGACGAGAGAGAAGGAGGCAAGGAGAAAGAGAAGAAGAAGAAGUUGAAGAAGAAGAAGAAGGACUCUGGCUGUUCAUCAUCCUCUUCAUCCUCGGAAAGCUGUUCCUCUUCAGACAGCGAGGAUGACAAAAAGAAGAAGAAGAAGAAGAAGAAGAAGAAAGCUGAGGAUUCCAGUUCUUCAUCUUCCUCCUCCUCGUCUUCAUCCUCCUCUGAUAGCGAGGAGGAAAAUAAGAAGAAGAAGAAAAAGAAGGAUUCUAGUUCUUCAUCCUCUGACAGCUCCUCCUCCUCUGACAGCGAUGAUGACAAAAAGAAAAAGAAGAAGAAGAUGAAGAAGAAAAAGGAUUCCAACUCUGAUGAUUCAGAUAGCGAGAAAGACAGGAAGAAGAAGAAGAAGAAGAAGAGGAAGAAGAAGAAGACGAAGGGUACCUGCUCAUCAGACAGCGAAGACGAUAAGAAGAAGAAGAAGAAGAAGAAGAAGAAAAAGAAGACGAAGGGUUCCUGCUCAUCAGACAGCGAAGACGAUAAGAAGAAGAAGAAGAAGAAGAAGAAGAAGAAGGAUAAGAAGGACGAUUCUGACAGCGAGGAAGACAAGAAGAAAAAGAAGAAGAAGGACAAGAAGAAAAAGAAGGAUAAGGACUCUGACUGCGAGGAAGACAAGAAAAAGAAGAAGAAGGACAAGAAGAAAAAGAAGAAGAAGGAUAAGGACUCCGACAGCGAGGAAGACAAGAAGAAAAAGAAGAAGAAAAAGAAGAAGGAUUCUGGUUCUGACAGCGAGGAAGAUAAGAAGAAGAAAGGCAAGAAGAAGGAUAAGAAGAAGAAGAAGAAAGACAAGAAGAAGAAAAAGGAUGACUCCUCAUCUGGAAGUGAUGAUGAUAAGAAGAAGAAGAAAAAAGAAGAAGAAGAAGAAGGAGAAGAAGAAAGAAAAGGGUUCCUCUUCUGGAAGUGAUGAUGAUGAGAAGAAAAAGAAGAAAGACAAGAAGGACUCCUGUUCCGAUGUUGAGGGAGCAUCUAAGAAAAAAACAAAGAAAGAUGGCAACAAGAAAGAG